AUGUCGAUGCAUUUGGUGCGCUCGUCUGCGAGUUCGCUCACUGGGACACUGGUCGGUUGGCCAGCUCAGUUCAGCAAAGAGGGACCUGCCUACCUUGGAAGCAUUUUGGAUUCUGCGGGCGAGGAGGUGGCUGUUGCUGUCGAACUGGCGGGCUUCGAGCUCCAAGUUGCAGAUGCUGCCACCAAGGCUGGGUUCAACACGUUCAACCAUGAAGCCCUGUUCAAUCUCAUCUGGGCUGUCAAGAGACUGGCCUUGCAGGCGGGAACUUUCCAUUCUAGCCGGAGUCGUCUACUCAACGAUCCCAUAUACCCUGACAGGUAUCGUCCCAGGGAUGUAGAUGGCAACACAAAGGGAAAAAGAAGUGCAGUCACCAUACAAACCCCGGCCAACCAUACCGUCGAGUUGAAAUUCCACCCUGUCCAGCCUCUGAUGAGAAAGAGGCCUUUGCAGGACUUGAAGGCAGAAAACCUGAUUGACUUGACCUUUUCAGACGAUGAACUCGAGGGCACAGACUCGCACAACGCCACAUUCAAGCGUCAGAAAAUAGCCAACAGGAGCAAUUUCCGACUUGGAUUCCCCAACGCCAUUCAUCGGAAAAUUAUGCCUUUCACUUCUGUCGGAAUGUCCUCCAAGCCACCCUCUAAAUCUACCCGCAAACGUGUCAACAACCCGGCCCGGGAGGCUGCAGCCGUUUCUUUCCCAAUCUUGCCAAAGGCGCUUCUCCCAGCUGAAGACGAGAUUCGCAAGCAACUCCUUUUAGUCAAGGCCAAGCUCGAUGAUGCCAGACGGAGCAUGAAUGCAUGCCAAGGAACAAUGAAGGCAUUAUUUGACUUGCAUUAUGAGAGAUUUGAUGAGGAUAGGAUGAUGGACGCUCUUCAGAAGCUGAGCGGCUAUAUGAAUAAGGUCUAUGAUGGCAGCAAAGAUGGUGCAGAAGAGGCCGAGAAGGCUAUUGGAUUGCUCAGGGGACGUGAAGGAUAA